GGAGCGGUCAUUGAUGACGUCAUGGGGAGAGGGUAGCAACUGUUGCCUUGAGACCCCCGGCGCCAUAGUGACUGUAGCCGUGGAGACUGUUACUUACCAACCGGAGACACAAGAGCAGCAGCGGCCGGAGGAUCAACCUAGGGAUCGCGGGGCCACAACUAGCACAGCGCCGCGCACCUUACCGCCGGACUGAGGAACCAGCAUGCAAAAUUCAGACAGUGGCUCCGAGUCUGCGACAUCUGUCGCACUGAGGACAUCUGCUUCAGCACAAGCACCUGUUGUUCAACCUGUACCAGCCUCCCAGCAGAGGUCUAGUUCUGCUCCAAAAGGAGCACACAGUCAGGUUCCCAGAGCCCACCAGUUACAGCAGCAGGUUCAGACUGUUCAGCAUGUCUACCCAGCUCAAGUACAGUAUGUGGAUGGGGAUACGGUUUACACCAAUGGAACUAUCCGUGCAGCUUAUUCCUACAAUGCAGAGGCUCAGAUAUAUGCCCCUAGCAGUGGAGCCUCAUACUUUGAUUCUCCCGGUGGUGGGGCUCAGGUGACUACUGUGGUCUCAACACCGACAGCCAUCCCAUCUCAUAGUAUGGUGGGCAUCACCAUGGAUGUAAGCGGGAGCCAGAUAAUUUCUAGUUCUGGAGCAUACCUGAUCCAUGGGGGGCUGGACAACUCCCGCCAUGCACUGUCUCACACUUCGCGUUCUUCGCCUGCCACGCUUGAAAUGGCGAUUGAAAACCUCCAAAAAAAUGAAGGCAUCACCUCUCACAAAAGCAGCUUGCUCAACAGCCAUCUUCAGUGGCUUCUGGACAAUUAUGAAACGGCAGAAGGUGUAAGCCUUCCCCGCAGCUCCUUGUACAACCAUUACCUGCGACAUUGUCAGGAGCACAAGUUGGAUCCAGUUAAUGCUGCUUCUUUUGGCAAACUGAUUCGCUCUGUGUUUAUGGGACUGAGAACAAGGCGACUUGGUACCAGAGGUAAUUCCAAAUAUCAUUAUUAUGGCAUUCGCUUGAAACCAGAUUCCCCCCUGAACCGCCUGCAAGAAGACACUCAAUACAUGGCAAUGAGGCAGCAACCCAUACACCAGAAGCAAAGAUACAGACCUACACAGAAAAUGGACGGUAUGGGUGAUAACACCCCAAACAGCGCCCAGCACACCUCUCCAGAGCAAUCUGUAGCCGCUCAGAGUCAGCAUCACCAGCAGUUUAUAGAUAUGAACCAUGUGUUCCCAGAUUUUCCUGCACCAGAUCUGGGCACAUUUCUAUUACCAGAGGGCAUCACCAUGACUGACAUUAAAAACCUACAGCUUAUGUACCGGCGACACUGUGAAGCCACUCUGGAUGUGGUUAUGAAUCUACAGUUUCAUUACAUUGAAAAACUGUGGCAGGCAUUCUGGAACUCCAAACCAGCAUCUCCUGACGGCUCCACAUCCCUAACCAGUGAAGAGGAGCAGGAAGCAAUCAUACCAAAUGAAAAGCUGAUGGUACUGUGCAAAUAUGAGCCUAUCAUGAGGUGGAUGAGGAGCUGUGACCACAUCCUUUACCAAGCGCUGGUUGAAAUCCUCAUCCCAGAUGUUUUAAGGCCUGUUCCAAGUACGCUGACACAGGCAAUUCGUAACUUUGCAAAGAGCUUGGAAGGAUGGCUGACAAACGCCAUGAUUGACUUUCCCCAGCAGAUCGUUCAGGCUAAGGUUGGAGUGGUAAGCGCUUUUGCCCAGACUUUACGACGCUACACUUCGCUUAACCAUUUGGCGCAGGCUGCCAGGGCUGUUCUGCAGAACACAUCCCAGAUAAACCAGAUGCUCAGUGACCUAAACCGUGUCGACUUUGCCAAUGUGCAGGAGCAAGCUUCGUGGGUGUGCCAGUGUGAAGAAGGCAUGGUACAAAAGCUGGAGCAAGACUUUAAGUUGACUUUACAGCAACAGAGUUCACUAGAUCAAUGGGCACACUGGUUGGAUAAUGUGGUCACCCAAGUGCUAAAGCCACAUGAAGGGAGCCCUAGUUUCCCAAAGGCAGCAAGGCAGUUUCUGCUGAAAUGGUCGUUCUACAGCUCCAUGGUGAUCAGGGACCUGACCUUGCGCAGUGCUGCAAGCUUUGGAUCGUUCCAUCUCAUUCGAUUGCUUUAUGAUGAAUACAUGUUUUACCUGGUAGAGCACAGGGUGGCUCAAGCAACGGGAGAGACACCAAUUGCAGUAAUGGGAGAGUUUAGUGACCUGGCUACAAUGUCACCUACAUUAAUGGAUAAAGAUGACAUGAGUGACCUGGGGAGUGACACCGAUGGGGAUCAUCGUAUGUCUGGUGAGCCUCCUGUCAAGAGAGAGCGUGUGGAUCUCAACCAUUCCCUGCAGGAAAUUUAGAGAGAGUUGCCUUCUUUUGCUUAUAUUUCCCAGGGAAGAUUAAUUCUAAUACGCGAGAAGAAUGCCUCUGAAAAGAACCACACAAAACUAGUGCCUCUAACACAUCUGCCACAAUUUAUAUUUUAUUUCUUUCAUGCCUCCUCCAAAAUCUAAAGAAAGCAAGUUGUCAACAUGGGAUACAUUUCCCAGUGGCUUUGUUGCCAUACCAUUGACCGUAACACUCCACCCUCAUGUACUACAUUGAUCAAUUUUCUUUUUAAUUGAUGAAUGCUACCAGAGAAUGUGUCUGUGCAUUCUGUUAUGCUCUUUUUUUUUUUUUUUUUUUCCCCUAAAGCUGGAUUUUGAUUUAUUUGACAUUGGAAGACAAAUAACUUUUGUAGAGUUUACAAAUCUUGAUAUUUAGGGGAGUAAAUAAAAUUAUAUAUCUAUAUUUUCCUCUUUAUUUUGAGAUGGACCCAUCAAAUGCAAGGUAUUUCACCAGCCUUUGGAACCAUUACCUCAACUGCAUGAAGCUGUUAAGUGGGCUAUUCUCAAUUGCCAAAUAACACUGUGUGUUAGACAAUAGAAUGUAGGACAGGCAGCCAUGUUGGCAAGAGAUCUAAAUAAGUUUCAAACUCUGGAAAAAAUUAAGUUGUGUUGUUUCAUUGACGCUUCUCUUACUUGAGGAGAACAUUACUGUGCACAUCCCGCAUGAGUGCUCUAAAAUCAACUUGCAAGAUUUUGUGAAUGUCUCUGGAAGUCCACAUAAGGGAUAUUGAAGACUUUUAGUUUUAUAGAUUGUCUCUUAUUGGCUUAUUAAAAGUUUAAAAACAUGAUGCUCUUGUACUCUGAUUUUAUGUGUAGAAACUUGUAAGGUUUAAUGUAUGCCAAUUACUUUAGCAUUUAAAGUAUAUUGUAGACUAUGUAUUUCUACAGUUGCACACUGUUUAGAGACACUUCUGUCUUCACUCUAGAUACCAAAGCAUCUUGUAGACAAAGCACAAGAGGGGGUUAUUUUGCUGAGUAGUAGAUAAUCCCUUAUUGGCUUGGCAAUUGUGCCUUCAGAAUCCUGUAGUGGAUUUAUCAAUCCUAUUUUUUUUAUGUCUUUAGAUUACUUUAUAUAGGACUGUUGCAGUUAAUGAUUGAAAUUGUAAAGUUGUAGAUUUGUCUUGGGCUUUCUGUGGUCAAUCUUGCUAUUCUCCAACUCCAGCAUUGUCCUUCCUGUUGAUAAACAUUUAGAAAAUCAGUGCCUUAGUGUAUGUAAACUGCCCUGCCUCUCACCACAACCUCUUUGUCUUGUUUUAAGCUUAGAUAUCUGUACUAUAACUUUUAUGAAGCGUUUGCUUCCUCUGGUCUUGAAGCUAAGAUUAAGAACCUGUAGCUAGCUCCAUUUUUGUAUCGCUGCCCACAUAAAAUAACCAUCCAACGGUCUUUCACAAGGGCAGGGUAUACGUUUUAAAUAAUAGCAGGCCACUAGCGAGCUAACCAGCUAUACACGCACACACACAAAAUGGAUUGUGCGAAUUGCGACUGAAAAACAUAUUUGAACAAUUGAAUGUCAACUGGAAGAGAAUAGCUGUUUGACUUGAUGUGAUAGAUCCCUGCACUUGGUUAUUCCUUCAACCUAUUAUAAGGAAUCCAUUUUCUGAUUCAGGCUUCAUAAUUUUUCCAAUCAACCAUACUCAAGUAGGAAUGUUGACUUUAAUCCUGUGGUAUUUUUAUGAAACAUCUUCCUUUUUUUUUUUUUUUUUUUGUGAAGACUGAAACUGAAAACCUGUAAGAGACCAUGACUUGCAACAAGACUGUUGAAAUUCUGUGCCCUGAAUGUGAACUUGUGGCCUUUCUUUACUGUGUAGUUGCCUUUGGAAUAACCCUUUCAAGCCUGAUCAAAAACAACGUUUCCUAUAAUCAGAUUUUAUAUUGCAACACAGCUAGGGAUAUUACAUUAUCCAAAGUCUCUAAAUAUGUUUCAAUGCAUGGAAAAUGUGGCAUUACAUUUUUAAUUUACCUUCCCAUAGUUUAAUAUUUUAUAUUUCAUUUUAUAUGGGAGAGUUAUGCAACAGAAUUGGCUAUAUUUGUACAAACAGAUUUGCAAUUUGCUGGAAUUUAUGGUUCACAAAUGCCUAACAUUGCCUGUGGUUGUAACUUUGUAUCAAAACAAAAUUGCAAUUAACAUUAUGACUAUCAACAAAUACAUCAAUCAUGGUUGAACUCUUCAAAAAGUAUAAGAUUGUCACAAAAGAGAGGUAUUUUAUUUCCUCAAAGAGUUACUAAACCCAAAUUUUUCUUUCAUGAUUCAUAUAGAGCAUGCAAUUUUAAGAAACUUUCUAAUUUACUCCUAUUAUCGACUUUCUUCGUUCUCUCUUGCUAUCUUUAUUUAAAAAGCAGGAAUGUAACGCUUAGGAGCCGGUCCAUUUUUGGUUCCAGGGUGCUGAUCCUAAAAUGGGCCGGCUAGUAAGCUUUACAUUUCUGCUUUUUAAAUUAAAGAUGGCAAGAGAUCGAAGAAAAAUUGAUUAUAGGAGAAAAUUAGAAAGUUGCUUAAAAUUGCAUAUUCUAUCUGAAUCAUGAAAGAAAAAUUUGGGUUUAGUAUCCUUUUAAUUUGUAAACUGAACAUUCAUUUUACAUACAGUAAUGUGUCUCCAUGGAUUUUAGAAGACUCGCCUCAUACCAUACAUGAUAUAUUUAAAGGGACAUCUGAAAUUUCCAAUAAAAUGGAUAUAUAUAUAUAUAUAUAUAUAUAUAUAUAUAAUGUGUGUGUAUAUGUACAUAUACACACACGCACAGUAAACAGGUUUAUUUUGUCUCCUUUUGCUAUUUAUUUUAAUAUUUUUUUUCCAUAGGGUACUUACAUAUGCUGUAGUUUUGUCCUCUUACAUCUGUUUUUUAAAGGGCAGGACAACAAAGUUAACUUGCACACCACAGACCAGCUGUAAUAGAGUAUAAAGAAAUGGAUAUUUUAUGUGUUUGUUGCUUUAAUACUAUGCAUAUACAAUAAUUAAUUGAUGCCCUUUUUAAAUAAAAAUGAGUUCUAAACUUGUAAGUUACCAGUGUAAAUUUUGUAACCACUCAAAUGUAUAUCAGGCUUGGAAGGGUUGAAUAUUUGGUAUGUAUACGUAUGUGUUUAUUGGCAGUUUGCAACUACAAUUUUAUUUUUCUAAAAUAACCUAUAGAACUUGUAUUAUUUUCAUAUCUAAAUGAAAUACACUAUAUAAUUUCUGUUUGUGAUGUUUAAACUUAAUUGUAAAUACAUGUGAAAUCUUAAUUCUGUCUGUUUCGUAGAAAAAAAAAUUGUGACUCGUUUUAUUUUUCUUGUAAAGUGUAUAUUGAAUUAUAUUGGAUUUAAUGUU